AUGCCUUGCGUCGCCAUCGGGGCACGAGAUGAGGAACCAGAUGAGCAUGCAGAAGAGGCGUCUCAGGAUCAGCUAGAGCCGGAAGACGAGAACGAGGAUGAGACGGAGCUGCCUGCUCCGCCGAGAAAGCCUCCGCACCUCCGUGUGCUUUUCACAGAUAUCGAGGGCGUCCUGGGCCCUCGACCCGAUGCUCGGCUGCUGACGGUGCAGACGUCACAGUGUGUGUUUCUGCGCCGCCUGCUGCAGCGCACCGGUGCCCAGCUCGUGCUCACUUCUGCAUGGAGACGGCAUCGGACAUACGUGGUUGAAGUCUUGGACAACUUCGGUGUCUUCGACACUUUCGACGGCAGUGGCGGCAGUGGAUCCAAGCCAGGGAAAUCGGACUCAGUGGACUCGGUGGGCUUCACCCCUUUCAAUGCGGAUGCGUCGCGGAGGGAUCUGGAGAUCCUGCAGUGGCUCAACAGCCACCGCGGAGAAGUCGCUUCCUGGGCUGUCCUGGAUACACGCGACUUGCUUGGAUUUGCUUCGGCACCGCGGCUACAGGGACACGUGAUUCAGGUCGACGGCGAAAAGGGCCUUCAGCCAGAGCAUGUGGAUGCGGCAGUGGCGAUCCUCGGAGAGCUUCCCGAAGGAUGUGCCGAAGACCCUUCUGCGGUGGCGCCACCUGUGCCAGCUGUGCCCCCCGCCCCGCCCGUCUCAGCUUCUUCGUCUUCAUCUCCUUUUGCGCACAUUCCCAUGGACGAGGGGCUGGCUUCAAUGAUGCAGGAUGCAUUGGCUCUGCUUUCGACGCUACCUGAGGGACCUGCGUUUCAGCCGCCACAGAGGUCCAAGGAGCUGAGAUGUGCACCCGACACAGAGUUUGAUGCUAUUUCCUUGCAAGCCAAGCACAAGUUUGCUUAG